AUGCCGGGCUCCUCGCGCAUGCCCAUCAGCCUGCGGGAGAGCUUCAACAGUGUUAAGAGAAACCGGCCAAACAACCCGCUGCAGGUGCUCAACCUCGAUUUGUUCCGAAAUGUAGUCUUCUUCUUCUUCGUCCUCCGCCUCCUCCGACGAUCGUACUGGAAACUCAAAGGCCGCGGCCUGAUCGGCACUAUCGUCGAGCUCUACACCGAUGUCCGCCGAAUUCUCUAUGGGUAUUUCCUCCGGGCGCCCGGCGUGCGGACCCAAGUGCGCAAACAGGUCACCGACGCGCUCUCCAAGAUGCAAGGAAAGCUAAUAACGCCCGGCGGUACGAGGUAUCUGGCCCUCCCCAAGGACGGUUGGGACGAGGAGGUGCUGAGGAAAGAGCUCGACGAACUGGCCAACAUGGACCAUACGCGAUGGGAGGAUGGCUUCGUGUCAGGCGCAGUGUACCACGGCGAGGACGAGCUUUUGAAGUUGCAGACCGAGGCAUACGGCAAAUUUACCGUCGCGAACCCGAUCCAUCCUGAUGUCUUCCCUGGCGUGAGGAAGAUGGAGGCCGAGGUUGUGGCCAUGGUGCUAUCGAUGUUCAACGCGCCGCCCAACGCGGCCGGCGUCUCGACCAGCGGAGGAACCGAGAGUAUUCUCAUGGCUUGCUUGAGUGCACGCCAGAAGGCUUACGUGGAGAGGGGCAUCACAGAGCCUGAGAUGAUCCUCCCCGAGACAGCGCACACAGCUUUCCGCAAAGCCGGCGAAUACUUCAAGAUCAAAGUCCACCUCGUGUCCUGUCCAGCACCCUCGCAUCAAGUAGACGUGCACCGCGUCUCUCGUCUUAUCAACAGCAACACCGUCCUCCUCGUGGGAUCCGCCCCUAACUUCCCCCACGGCAUAAUAGACGAUAUCACCGCGCUCUCCAAGCUUGCCCUGAAGCGACGCAUUCCCCUGCACGUUGACUGCUGUCUGGGAUCUUUCCUCGUACCCUUCCUCGAAAGAGCUGGCUUCGAGACGGAACUCUUCGACUUCCGUCUCAAAGGGGUGACAUCCAUCUCGUGCGACACGCACAAGUACGGCUUUGCUCCCAAGGGCAACUCGACCGUGCUCUACCGCAACCAAGAGCUGCGCACAUACCAGUACUUCGUCAGCGCCGACUGGAGCGGUGGUGUGUACGCAUCACCCGGAAUCGCCGGCUCCCGACCAGGUGCCCUCAUCGCCGGGUGCUGGACCAGCAUGAUGCGCGUGGGCGAGACCGGCUACAUCGACGCCUGCGUGAAGAUUGUCGGCGCCGCCAAGAAGAUCGCCGAGCACAUCACCUCGUCGCCCCCGCUUGCGGCGGAACUACAGAUCAUCGGCCGACCGCUCGUUUCCGUCGUCGCCUUCACGGCCCGUAACCUCAACAUCUACGAUCUGGCCGACGGCAUGAGCGCCAAGGGUUGGCAUUUGAAUUCGCUGCAGAGCCCGCCCGCCAUCCACGUGGCUGUCACCAUGCCCAUCGCCAAGAUCUGGGAGAAGUUGGUGGCUGACCUUGAGGCCGUCGUCGAGGAAGAGCGGGAGAAGGAGCGUGUCAGGGCCGUAGAGGGCAAGCAGUCGAGGGGCAAGGUUAUGGGAGAUAGCGCGGCGCUGUACGGUGUCGCCGGCAGCCUGCCCAACAAGAGUGUCGUGGUCGACCUGGCGACGGGGUUCUUGGAUAUUUUGUACAAGGCCUAG